AUGUCCUCCAUCACCAUCGCAACUCUUCCCCGCAUGAGUCGGGAUGCCCUCUCAGCCUUGCUUCUUUCCACCAGUACCCCCAGUAAACUGGCUAUUGUCGAUGUUCGGGACUCUGACCACGUCGGCGGCCACAUCUUCUCCUCAACAUGGGUUCCAAGCUCUUCACUCGACGUCCGCCUGCCCGAGCUCAUCCGUACACUGAAGGACAAAGAAAAGGUCGUGUUCCACUGUGCCCUCAGCCAACAGCGUGGCCCGUCCGCUGCGCUGCGCUAUGCCCGCGAACGGGAACGUGUUUUGGGCGUGGAGGAGAGCCAGAAGCAGGAAGUCUAUGUUUUGGAGGGUGGGUUUGUACAGUGGCAGGAGAAGUAUGGCAAGGAUACGAGAUUGACGGAGGCGUAUGUGGAGGAUAUCUGGCAGGAGUAUUGA